AUGCAAAAGCUGAUUACAAUCAAUCUUACAUUUUUGUUCAUCAUUGCCUGUGUGGCACUUUCCACCACUGCCGAUUUUAAUUUGACGAUAUUGCACACCAAUGAUGUCCAUGCCCGUUUCGAAGAAGCAAAUCGAUUUGGUGGAAGUUGCAGUAGCUCUGAUGCGCAAAAUGGAAGAUGCUUUGGGGGCGUAGCGAGACGUGCUACCAUGAUUAAUAAAAUUAGAGGCGAAAGAUCAAGCGUUCUUCUGUUAGAUGCCGGAGAUCAAUUUCAGGGAACGUUGUGGUUCUACGUAUUUAAAGGCACCGCUUGCAGUAAUUUUAUGAAUCAACUUGGUUACUCAGCUAUGGCCCUUGGUAACCACGAAUUCGAUAACAAAGUUAGUGGGCUAUUACCCUUUUUAGAAAAUACAACAUUUCCAAUCUUAUCGGCCAAUAUCAAUGCUAGUAAAACACCCGCACUUGAUUCCAAGCUCAGUAAAUCAACUACCUUUACAUUUAAUGGCCAAAAAGUUGGCGUUAUUGGAUAUAUAACAGCCGAUACAACGGAGAUUUCCAAUCCUGGGCCAGAUGUUAUUUUUAACAGUGUUAUAGCUGCGGUCCAAGAGGAAGCAACGAAGUUAGCUCAACAGGGUAUUAACAUUAUUAUUGCUUUAGGACAUGCAGGAUUUGAUAUGGACAAAGCCAUUGCAGACAAAGUCGUCGGUGUAGACAUCGUUGUCGGCGGCCAUACCGACACAUUUUUGUACACAGGAACUCCUCCGUCUAAUGAAGUUCCAGUAGGUCCCUACCCGACGGUCAUCAAUCCUAGUUAUAAUUCGAGCAGAAAAGUUCUGGUCGUUCAAGAUUUCUACUUUGGAAAAUACUUGGGUGAUUUACAAGUUGUCUUCGACAAUUUCGGCGAGGUCAAAAGCUAUGGAGGAAAUCCUAUCUUGUUAAAUAGUUCUAUCGCUAAGGAUGGUACUGUUCAAGCCAUGGUUACCGAAUACAAAAAACAAGUCACCAGUGAAACACAAAAAGAAAUUGGCAAGACUUAUGUAUUCUUAGAUGGUCAGCGAUCUACAGUACGCCUACGAGAAUCUAAUCUAGGUAAUCUUAUAACGGAUGCCAUGGUUCAUCAAUACUUAAAAAAUCCUACAUCAGCAUCCUGGACUGAUGUUGGUAUUGCAGUUAUGAAUGGUGGUGGCAUUCGGAGCCCUAUCGAUCCAACUAGACCACCAGGGGCCGUUACCGUGGGGGAUAUCUUAACAGUUUUACCAUUCCGCAACAGUAUUGACGUACUGGAAAUUAAGGGAAUGUUUAUUAGACAAGCAUUAGAAGUAUCAGUGAGAGAUUACAGUACAAUAUCCACCCCUGGACGAUUUUUGCAAAUGUCAGGUUUGAGAGUAACAUAUAAUCUAAACAAUAACCCUAUGAAUCGUGUGGUAAAAGUAGAAGCUCGCUGUAAUAAGUGCAAUGUACCAAGUUAUGGUCCCUUAAUUGACAAUCAAAAUUAUAAAAUCGCAAUAAACACUUUCUUGGCUAGUGGUGGUGAUGGCUAUUACAUGUUUCGUGAUAACAGAACAUCGUAUCAAAUUACAGGAUAUCUUGAUACAGACGUGGUUACUACCUAUGUUAAGAAACUAUCACCCAUUAAUAUCGGAAUUGAAGAUCGCAUUCGUUUUAUAAACCAAACCGCUUCACCGCCACAACCCACAUCAACACUUCCGGGAUGUGUUAACUCAGCAAUUACUAUGCAACAACUUAAUAAGACCUUAAUCUUUCUCAUAUCAUUAAUACUUAUUUUGGCCAUUAACUAA